GUUUUUCAUAGGAGCAACACAAUGCAAAUAUUCGUCAAAACCCUUACGGGGAAGACCAUUACAUUGGAGGUGGAAGCUUCCGACACUAUCGAAAAUGUCAAAGCUAAAAUCCAAGACAAGGAAGGUAUUCCUCCAGACCAACAACGUCUCAUCUUUGCCGGGAAACAAUUAGAAGAUGGCCGCACUCUUUCAGACUAUAACAUCCAGAAAGAAUCCACACUUCACCUGGUUUUGAGACUUAGAGGAGGUACAAUUGAACCUUCCCUUCGCAUUCUCGCCAUGAAGUAUAACUGUGAGAAAAUGAUUUGCCGUAAAUGCUAUGCCCGUCUUCAUCCUCGUGCUACCAACUGUCGCAAGACAAAGUGCGGACACACUAACAAUCUGAGACCCAAAAAGAAGAUCAAGGAUUAAAUAAUAACCAAAUGGGAAAUUUAUUGUAACAAUACUAUUCUCGUAACAUGCAAAAGAAACUUAAAAUAAAAGUUUUCCUCAUA